CACGGGACGUCAGCUGCCGUUAAACUCCAGAAGAAGAACAAAACGAAGAAGAAGAAGAAUUCGCGCGAUGAAACUUCCUCCACGCUCUCAGUGCCGCUCAUAGAGUCGCAGGCUGAACAUGGAUGCGCUCCACGGUCCCCUGGGCGUUGCCGCCUGUCUGGGCUGCGGACUCUUCCUCGGCUGGCACCUGCGGACGCGCCUCGGCCCUGCGUCCAAGAGCCUGAUGAAGUCGGCGGGGAAAGGCUCCGGGGAGGCCAGCGUGAUGGGAGACGGCGGGGAGUUCAAGAUGGUGCUGGUGGUCCGGAAUGACCUGAAGAUGGGCAAAGGGAAGGUGGCGGCGCAGUGCUCCCACGCCGCAGUAAGCGCUUACAAGCAGGUCCAACGCAGGAGCCCCGAGCUGCUCAGGCAGUGGGAGUACUGCGGCCAGCCGAAGGUGGUGGUGAAGGCGCCAGACGAGGACACCCUGAUAAACCUGAUGGGCCGAGCCAGGCAGGUGGGACUCACCGUCAGCCUCAUCCAGGACGCAGGAAGGACUCAAAUCGCGCCCGGCUCUCGCACCGUGCUGGGGAUCGGUCCCGGUCCGGCCGAGCUGGUGGACAGCGUCACCGGAGACUUGAAGCUCUACUGAAAUGUUGCCAUUCUGAACGGAGACGGUGAAGUCGUUUCUACAACAAGAUGUGAUUCCAGAUGUUUGUUAAAUAAACAAAAUAAUGGGCUCAACAUACA